AUGCAUGAAGUAUUUCCAACACAAUCAUCACAAACUCAUGCAUAUCAACAAAGUCAGGUAUCCCAACAAGAAGAGUCUGUCGAAGUACAACAUAACGAGCCAAUAUUUCCGGAAGAGGAAGUGGGUGAUGAUACUGACUCCGACGAUGCUAGACAAAUUAAUUUGUUUAGUGGAUCCAGUGAUGAGUCAGGUGACGAUGAUAGGCUGGAGGCAGAACCGGCUCCUAUACUUGAUCUGUAUAACCCACCCUAUCACUUGAGAAACGUUUCAUUUGAAUGUGUGGAACCAAUUUCAGUCUUCGAAUCCGUACACGAACGUGAGUCAUGUGAUGACUUAAAGGUUGGUAUGACUUUUGAAAACAAAGAAGCAUGUCUCCUUGCAAUAUCUGAGUAUCACAUAAAAAAUUCUCAUACAUUUAAGGAGAUGUGCUCACCCAUGAAUCCUGACUCUGGCAACAUGGGAGGUUUGGAAUCUGAGAUCACCUUCUCUAAGAGGGACGCAUCAGGCAUUCAUCCAUAUGAUAAUGGCCCUAUGGCCAUGACGGUAAGGUGUGAUGAUUGA